UGUCUUCGUCUGAUGGAUGUCUUUAAUAAAGGCUUGUAACAUCCUGAAGUCAGCUGCAAAUAAGGACAAUGCUUUUAAGAAGUGACAAUGCUCGACUCUGCAGGACUGAGCUUUGUAACAUUGCUGUCAGUGGUCGGAGCAGCCACAGUAGAGAGAGUGGAGUAUGACUACUUCAGAUACCAUCCCAUGGGAGAGAUCUCUAGCUGGAUGGCUCAGAUUGAGGAUGAAUAUCCUGAGAUUGUGACCGUCACGGAAUAUGGACAAACCUAUGAGAAGAGGACUAUUAGCCUGCUGAAGAUUGGCGUUGAUACAGGAGAAAAGAAGAAAGCUAUCUGGAUGGACUGUGGUAUUCACGCCAGGGAAUGGAUCGCCCCCGCCUUCUGUCAGUACUUUGUCAAACAGAUCCUGGAUGCAUCCAAGAAAGACCCAAAAAUGGAGGAGAUGAUGAAGAACAUGGACUUCUACGUCACCCCUGUUCUCAACAUGGACGGCUACAUCCACUCCUGGUUCAACGAAUCAACUCGACUGUGGAGGAAGAACAGGUCGCCAGGACCCGACGGCUGUGGAUGUUACGGCACCGAUCUCAACCGCAACUUUGAUGCCAACUGGGGAACUGUGGGAGUAUCACACGACUGCUGUGACAUUUUCUAUUGCGGCACCAAAAAACUUUCCGAGCCCGAGGCCCAGGCCGUCACUUAUUUUGUAGGAACCCGGAAGGAAGACUUCCUGGUUUUCCUCAACAUCCACUCCUACGGCCAGCUGCUGCUGUUUCCUUAUGGACACCCAAACUUCACCGCCGACAACGACAAAGAGCUGAUGGAUGUGGGUGUGGCUGCAGCAGACGUCAUUAAGAAAGUCCACGGGAUGAACUACACUGUUGGAGCCUCAGCAGAUGUUUUGUAUCCGAUGUCUGGUUCUUCUAUAGACUGGGCUCGGAUGCAGGGGAUCCCCUACGCCUUCAUCUUUGAGCUCAGAGAUAACGGGACGUACAGCUUCGAACUUCCUCAAGAUCAGAUCAAGCCAACCUGCGAGGAGGCCUACGAGGGAGCCCUGCACAUCAUCACCUACGCCCAUGACAAGACCUUUAACAGUGCUGUGGCAACCGCUGCUGCAACCUUGUGGACCUUACUGUUAGCUGCUGGUGUCACCAGCACCAACCUCAUGUGAGGAGAAACUAAAUAUAUAGCACAUGGGAAGAAGCUGGUCAAAUGUCUUUCACCCGAGAUGAUUUGCAUUUUAAUAGCUGGCAGGGAAGCUUUUUGGGGCCGGAUGUGGCCCGCAGGCCGCCAGUUGAUGGUCACUAAUCUAAAGUAAAUAUCAUGAUAUGAGACAUCAUCAUUUUGGCACCAAAGAGCCCGAAAAAGUUAAAUCUUGUAGCAUAAUUGUUGGCCUUAAUGUGGCAAAGAAAAACUUUUUUUUUGCAUCAUUUUCAUAAAAUUUGUUAUGAAUGCAACAACAACAAUUCAUGUCAUGAAAUCCUAAAGCAGAAAGUUUUCAUCAACGGCAUUUGAAGCCAUUCAUAGUUUUAGUUUGAAAAAAUACUAGUACUAACAAAAGCUGUCAAAGUGUUUCAAUACGGGGCGCAGGUAGCCUAGUGGUUAGUGUGCACACCCCAUGUACUGAGGCUAUAGUCCUAAAAGCAAGUGGCCCCAGUACGUAUCCACCUCCUUCCCUGCAUCGUCAUUCCCCACUCUCUGUCCCUGAUUUCCAACUCUAUCCCAAAAUGAAAAUUAAAAAACAGUACUUUAAUACUUUUUUUAUACCACAUAUUUUAAAACGAUACAAUCUGUUAUCUUUGAAUGAUCCAUUGUAUAAAAGGGUACCAAAACAA